AUGGUCGUGGCCAGGGAGAUUGACUUCAAGGGGCCGUGUGCCGUUACCUGUGGCUACCUCCACGGCGGAACAGACGCAAGCAUAAUACCCGCGUUUGUCGACUUCAAAGUGGACAUUCGCUCCUUUGACCAGGGCAUGCAAAACACUGCGGUCAAGGCAGUCAACCGCAUUAUUGAAGGGGAAUGCCAGGCCGCAGACUCUCCCAGAGCUCCUCGGAUCUUGACUUCUGCCCGCUGCCCACCAAUUGACAAUGAUGCAGAAGCUACUGCAAAGUUUGCCAGUGCUUUGCGCAGCUUUUCCAAGGACGAAGAUCCAGGCAAGGUUGCCAAAAUGGACAUGGACAUCACUGCAGAUGAUUUUGUACUACUGGCACACCCGCCAGGCGAGAAGCCGAUCCCAUACAUCUACUGGAAUUUUGGUGUGACCCCAAGAGACGAGUAUGACCGAGCUGAAAAGGACGGCUCGGUCAAAGAUUUGCCUUUCAAUCAUAACCCAAAGUUUGCAGCUGAGAUUGAACCGUCCCUUCUAGCGGGGAUUGAAGGAUUGGCAAUUGCCUCGGUCACAUUUUUCGAGUCUGGAGUAGUUUAA